GUUGUGACGCCGUGUGUGUCACGUCGCUGCAGCGGUAGUUGGGAGCAGUGCUAGGGUAGCUGUUACACUCCGAUGGUCCCGGCGGUUCCACCGCAGGCCCCGGCACCCACAGCUCCUUAAGACAUAUACCCAGGCUCGUCCGGGAACGAGGAGCAUUACUGAAGCGGCCUUGGUCCCGAGUACAGCUCGGAAACACGCCUUGCUUCGGGGGUUUGGCUGGGAGGUGCUAGCGGAACAGGUUUGAGGGGUGAAAGUUCGGUUCGUACGUCGGCCAGUGGAAGUCGAGCAUGGCCAAAGAAAACGACUUCCAGCCGCCCGAGGAGAAGGCGACCAGUCCUAGUCAGAGGGACGUGAACAGGAGGCUGAAGUACAUCAGUUUGGCCGUGCUGGUGGUCCAGAAUGCAUCACUCAUUCUUAACAUCCGCUAUGUUCGCACGUUGCCGGGUGACCAUUUCUACGCUACGUCUGCUGUUGUAAUGGCAGAGCUCCUCAAGGUUCUGACGUGCCUUCUCAUCAUCCUGCUGCAGAAGAAAUUCAACGUGAAGGAGAUGGUGCGCUUGCUCCUCGACGCCAUCGUGUUUCAGUACAAGGACACGCUGAAGCUGGCCGUCCCAUCUCUCAUCUACACUCUCCAGAACAACCUGCAGUAUGUCGCCAUCUCAAACCUGCCAGCUGCCACUUUCCAGGUCACCUACCAGUUGAAGAUUCUCACCACUGCUCUGUUCAGUGUGCUGAUGCUGAAAAAGUCUCUGUCCAAAGUUCAGUGGAUUUCACUGCUGCUGCUGUUCGCAGGUGUCGCCAUUGUGCAGGUGCAGCAAGAGGGGAACAAGGAAUCCUCCGUAUCAAGCAGUUUCAAACAGAACUACAUGGUGGGACUGUUUGCCGUGGUGAUCAGCUGCCUGUCCUCUGGCUUUGCCGGCGUUUACUUUGAGAAGAUCCUCAAAGGAAGCUCGGCGUCCGUCUGGGUCCGCAACGUGCAGUUGGGAAUCUUCGGCAUGGCCCUGGGCAUGCUGGCGCUGUGGUGGAACGACGGCGAUGCCAUCGCUGAGCGCGGCUUCCUUUUCGGCUACACCAACAUGGUCUGGUGUGUCAUAUUCAACCAAGCUUUCGGCGGGCUCCUGGUCGCCGUCGUGGUCAAGUACGCCGACAACAUCCUGAAGGGCUUCGCGACUUCCUUCUCCAUCAUCGUCUCGACCGUGCUCUCCAUAUACCUUUUCGGCUUCCACAUUGACCUGCUGUUCACAGCGGGGGCAGGACUUGUCAUCGGCGCCGUCUACAUGUACAGUCUCCCAAGACCGGCGGGCCCCUCCUCCUCCUCGUCUUCCUCUUUGUCAUCAAGGACUGACCGUGGCGGCGAGAUGGAAAAGUUUCUUCCAAAAUGACUGCUUUUUGGGGGUCUCCACCCGCCACCUUCUCUUUGACUGACCAAGGAGACAAGGACGAGGAGGAGCUCUCUUCCUGCGUCUGCUCUUCAUCUCUACCUUGAGAGAUGAGGCAUGAGAAUGAGCGGAAAACCAUUUCACUCUAACGUUGGAUGUGACGCAAAGGAGAUCUGCUUUCUCGGUUCAAUCCGCCCUUGCUCACUCACCAGGAUGAGAAGAUACAGGAGACAACACUUCCUUACUAACCCUUCAGUCUGGUCCUGCUGCCUCACAACUCAGGGAGUGUGCACCCCGCUCCUUCCUCUGACAUCCACAUAACUGACUUCUCCCAAAGCACAACAAGAGGAAGAGGUAGAGGAAGCUCCAGCUACUAGGAUCCCCAUCUCUUGUCUUUUGUGUUACCGCUUCUGCCUUAAGAAUUUGGACCUCACUGACUGAAUAAGGAAAGAAAAAGCCUUCUGCUAAAAUAGAUGAUUAUUUCUGCUGCUGGAAGAGCAGCAUGUCUUUUCACUGUGCAGCUUCCCAGGAAAUGAAGGUGCUAUUUACACUUUUCAUUUUUUGUCUGUCUGCUUUAAAUCAGAAUAUUCAGUUGUUUUCCUGGCCCAGCUCUGAGUAGAAUGUCGCUAAAUCCAUCCAAUAGUAACAGCUUCCAUCAGUCGUACCUGAAAUAAAUAAAUGUUUAAGGUUGCCAUAGUGAGGGCUUUAGAUGUGCCAAAUAACUUUGGCCUGACCUCAUCUUCUCACUUCAGUUUUAAGGGGCAAAUAUAAGCUGCACAGUGAAAACGCCUCAUAGUUUUAGAGUUUUGUCUUGGGUGGCCAGGUUGGUGUGUGUAUCUGCAGACAGGCUGUUGCUGUCUGGUGCCUUUUCUUCUCGCCUGUACAGAAGCCAUAACUGUUCAAUGUAAAGCUGCGUGUCAUCCCCCCCUCAGAAACAAACAAAAAACAAAUACAAAAAAACUCAAGUCCUUCAAAGCUUGACACUAAGUGGUUGUGUUGAAGCGGGGAUGUGCUCCUCGAUUAUUUUGAUAAUUGUUCUCACCAAAUGUGUCCUGCUGCGGGUGUCUUGUGAAAGACGUCCCGUGACGUUGUCCUGAAUGUUGCGGUCUGCAGAGCUGGACAGAAGUCGUGUCGCCUGCCUCUGUCUCGCUGCUUUUCUGUGUUCCCUGCGUUCGACUUUGCGGGAAGUUAUUGUGUUUGUGUCUCCAUCGCUGCUCACCACAAGGUCUUGAUCAGAAGUCUCACUGCAUCAUGCUAAUUCGACAAGGUCAUGUGAUCAUAGUUUGCGUCGGAGCUCUAGAUUUUGAACCUGUGGCUGAUGUCUGUGUUUACUGAUGAGCAAGGAAGCAACAGAGGAGUCGCUCUGACCUGUUCUGUCGUUGAUAGAGUUGUGUUAUUACGUAUUACACAACACUCUUUCUGUCUUCAGCUCAGGUCGCUCUGGCAGCCGGUCACCAUGGAGACAGGAAACGCGCUUCUUCUCCCGUAGCAAAUUAUUGCAUUCAAGUCGGGUCAUCUUUCAACUGUGACUGUUUUUGUGGAAUUAUAAUUGUUUUAUUUAUACAAAUAUGUUGCUGGGAAAUAUAUUGGAAAUGAUCUUUAUAAUAUAUAUCUAUAGUUUUUAUGUGUGUGGGACUGGAUGGGUGAGUUUCUAUAUUAUCGGUGGAACAAAGGUGGCCUGGUUGGGUUCAGACUGCAGGCAGUGUUCGCAGACAUGAUGCUGAUGUUGCCACGAAAUGUGAAGAGAAGGCUUUGGAGUGAUUUGGUUGUAAAGUCCUGGUGAGUUUCAGUGGAGAGGUGACCACAAAAUAAUUGUCACUACAUCAUGGACCAGAAUGAUUGCCUUGAGUCCGAUAUACCAAAAUACACCUUUAUUUAUUUAGAGAGUGGAAAAGUGUAGUUUGUAGUAUGUUUAUUAUUUGCUUUAAUUUUACAGAACAGAAAUCAGACCUUAGCUGGAAGAUGUAGCAGGUGACCCAGAUAAUAACUGUGCAUUUAAAUCUUGCCUGCUUGGCUUUUGUAUUGUCCACUUGCUUACGAUUUUCUGGGGGAAAAAAAAGAAGAAAAAAAUGCAUCUCUGACAGUAGCUUCUGAAAAUGAAGCGUCACCUUUUGUUUACGACAAAAAUCCGGCAGCAGUCGUUUUCCUCGAGGACGACGGCAGAGAUAUCCGGGUUAAACUUCCUCUUCCUGUCUGGAAGAUUUAGUUUUUGUUGGUUUAUCGUUUGUAUCCAAGGAUCGAGCCGUCUCAUUACUGAUCUGUUACUUUGCACUUAAUUUGUAUCGAUGCCUCUGAAUUUGUACAUACUUCUUUUGGUAAAGUUUUAUAAAAACAAGGAUGUGGAUUCAACUACUCUUGUCUUUUGUUUUGAUUUUUAUGAUGGAAAAUUGACCAUUUCUACACAGGUUUCUAAUUUUAAUGCAUUUUUAACAUCUGUGUGACAUAAAAUUCAUAUUAUUCUAAAAGAAAAAUCUGUUCAUACAUUUUGAAUUUGUAUGAACACUAAUAUUUUAUGAGCUGCAUAAUUGCUUUGCAUUGUUAUGCUCUAAAAUGAAAAUGCGUCUGUAGUUAUUUUUUUUUAUUUGAUAAAAUAUCACAUAGCAGCAUAGCUUAAUUGAAAAUUGUCUAGUGUGUUCUCAUUCGGAGUUUUAUUUCUGUUUCACUCAAAGGUCAUUUAUAAUUUUUUUUUUUUCUGUUCAUUCCACUUCAGUUAAGCGUACAUAAGACGGGGUGAUCUGACUCUGCAGUGGUCAGUACCUCAUCAAGUUGUCCUUGGAAGCUAAGGAGGUGAACUGGUGAAUAUCAGAACUUUCCAGUUUUGAUAUUCACAUACUCAAGUGUUGUUGUAAUGAAAGUGGCAGGAGGUCUUUGCUGCCAUCUCUACAACAAACUGAGGAUUCUUUUCUUCAAGGGCCGAGAAGAAAAGACUAGCCGUGGCUACUAACAGAUACAUCUUUUGCCACCAUGUUCACACUCCGACCCUCCUUGGACUUCAUUGUACUGCAGAGCUGCUCUUUAGUGACCGUAGUGAGUGUGUACUUUAACCAUCAGAUUUAGUGGUGAAACCUGGAACCAGUUCCAGUUUUAUCUCUGCAGGAUCUCUAACUUCUGCUGCUCCGUUUCUGCCCCUCUUUCUUCCCUUGUCUG